GCCGGCUAGACGCUAGGCCUGUGCUUUGCAGGGCUGAAGUCCAAAGUUCAGUCCCCGCGCUAAGCACACGGAUAAAUAUGAACCUUGGAGAAUUUCCCCCAGCUCCAAUGUAAACAGAGCAGGCAGGGGCCCUGAUUCACUGGCCUCUGGGGCCAGGGUUGGGGGGUUGGGGGUGCCCACUGGGGCUUGGCUAGUGGGGUUCGGGGGUGGCGGUGGGCACCUGGAGCUGGGUGACCGCCGGGCGGCCAGCGGGUGGGUGGGGAGGGCGGGCGGCCCGCUAGUGGCCAGCGGCCGCGUGGUCCGGUGGCCGCACAGCCAUGGUGUCGAAGCUGAGCCAGCUGCAGAGCGAGCUGCUGGCGGCCCUGCUCGACUCCGGCUUGAGCAAGGAGGCGCUGAUCCAGGCCUUGGGAGAGCCGGGCCCCUACCUGCUGGCUGCGGACACCCCCCUGGACAAGGGGUCGUCUAGCGGAGGGAGCCGAGGGGAGCUGGCGGAGCUGCCCAAUGGGCUGGGGGAGCCCCGGGGCUCCGAGGAGGACACGGACGACGAUGGGGAAGACUUCACGCCACCCAUCCUCAAAGAGCUGGAAACCCUCAGCCCCGAAGAGGCAGCCCACCAGAAAGCCGUGGUGGAGACCCUUUUGCAGGAGGACCCAUGGCGCGUGGCAAAGAUGGUCAAAUCGUACCUACAGCAGCACAAUAUCCCUCAGCGGGAGGUGGUGGACACCACUGGCCUCAACCAGUCCCAUCUGUCGCAGCACCUCAACAAGGGCACCCCCAUGAAGACACAGAAGCGAGCGGCAUUGUACACCUGGUAUGUCCGCAAGCAGCGAGAGGUGGCUCAGCAAUUCACCCAUGCAGGGCAGGGUGGGCUGAUUGAAGAGCCCACGGGGGAUGAGCUGCCUACUAAGAAGGGGCGGAGGAACCGUUUCAAGUGGGGUCCAGCAUCCCAGCAGAUCCUGUUCCAGGCCUACGAGAGGCAGAAGAACCCUAGCAAGGAGGAACGAGAGACCUUGGUGGAGGAAUGCAAUAGGGCGGAGUGCAUCCAGAGGGGCGUGUCGCCCUCGCAAGCACAGGGACUGGGCUCCAAUCUUGUCACGGAGGUGCGCGUCUACAACUGGUUUGCCAACCGACGCAAGGAAGAAGCCUUUCGGCACAAGCUAGCCAUGGACACAUAUAGUGGGCCUCCACCAGGGCCAGGCCCAGGGCCAGCACUACCGGCCCACAGCUCCCCUGGCCUGCCCCCAUCGGCCCUCUCCCCCAGCAAGGUCCAUGGUGUGCGCUAUGGACAGCCUGCGAGCAGUGAGGCAGCCGAGGUGCCAUCCAGCAGUGGUGGUCCCUUAGUGACUGUGUCCACACCCUUGCACCAAGUGUCCCCUACAGGCCUGGAGCCCAACCACAGCCUGCUGAGCACUGAAGCCAAGCUGGUCUCAGCCACUGGGGGCUCCCUGCCCCCUGUCAGCACCCUGACAGCACUGCAUAGCUUGGAGCAGACAUCUCCAAGUCUCAGUCAGCAGCCCCAGAACCUCAUCAUGGCCUCACUUCCCGGGGUCAUGACCAUUGGACCCGGGGAGCCUGCUUCUCUGGGGCCCACGUUCACCAACACUGGUGCCUCUACUCUGGUCAUUGGCCUGGCCUCCACUCAGGCACAGAGCGUACCAGUCAUCAACAGCAUGGGCAGCAGCUUGACCACCCUGCAGCCUGUCCAGUUCUCCCAGCCGCUGCACCCUUCCUACCAGCAGCCUCUCAUGCCCCCCGUGCAAAGCCACAUGGCCCAGAGCCCCUUCAUGGCCACCAUGGCUCAGCUGCAGAGCCCCCACGCCCUCUACAGCCACAAGCCUGAGGUGGCUCAGUACACGCACACAGGCCUCCUGCCCCAGACCAUGCUCAUCACCGACACCACCAACCUGAGCGCCCUGGCCAGCCUCACGCCCAACAAGCAGGUAAGGCUGUGGUCCCCCAGCGGCCCUGCCCACAGGUGUCCCCUCCCCCCCACUCCAUGCCCCAGGAGCUCAGGGGGUUGCUCUGGUCCCCAGGUCUUCGCCUCAGACACUGAGGCCUCCAGCGAGUCCGGGUUGCAUGCCCCGGCUUCUCCAGCCACCACCAUCCACAUCCCCAGCCAGGACCCUGCCAACAUCCAGCACCUGCAGCCUGCCCACCGGCUCAGUGCCAGCCCCACAGUGUCCUCCAGCAGCCUGGUGUUGUAUCAGAGCUCCGAUGCCACCAAUGGCCACGGCCACCUGCUACCAUCCAACCACGGAGUCAUCGAGACCUUCAUCUCCACACAGAUGGCCUCCUCCUCUCAGUAACCAUGGCAACUGCCUCCCAGGGUUUGGGCCCUGGAGCCUGCCUGGGGGGUGAUGAAGAUCAUAGCCACUCACCAGAGGACACUGGAGCCAGCCACACUUCUGCUGCCAUGUGGUCUCCACGCCACUCUACCAGCACUAGACAGGGAGUUCCCAGAGGCCCCCUGCUGAGCAAGAGGAGGGACUGCAGAGAACAGGGCCUCUUUCUGGAAGGACAGU